AUGGCGGCGGAGGUCGAGGGCGCCCGGAAGCGCGGGGCGGCGGCCUUCCUGGACGACCCCUUCGAGGUGCUGCUGCAGGCGAAGCGGGGCCGGCGCUCGCCGUCCGCCGCCGCGGCCGCGGUCGCCGACCUCGGGAUCAGCAUGGAGUUCGACCCCGUCGCGGCGCUCCAGGAAAUCUUCCCCGGCGCCGAGCCGCAGCUUCUGCGAGGCUAUCUCGAAGCGUCGGGAAAUGUCCUGGACGCUGCCAUCAGAAGCUUCAGGGAUUAUUUGGCAUCGGAUUCAGCGACGACCAAUGCCGGUGCCUCCUCAUCUGGAGUGGCAUCUGAUGCGCCGGUGAUGAAUGCUCCAACCAACAGCACUGAAUGGGUGGAGCUAAUUGUCAAGGAGAUGUCAGCCGCUUCGGAUUUGGCCGAUGCCAGGAAUCGAGCCUUCAGGAUACUUGAAAUGUUCGGCAAAUCUACGGCAAACUGCAGUACUCCUGAUGAAGAGCAGAAACUGCGUGAGGAGAACAAGAUACUGAAGCAGAUGCUUGGAGCCCUGCUUCAGCAGGCCAGCAUCCUGAAGCGAGCCGUCGUCAUCCAGGACAACCGGCUCAAGGACUACCAGAACAUGGUGCAGGAGCGGUCCCAGUUCAACGAGAUCGUCGCCAAGUACCAGCAGCAGAUCAAGGAGCUACAGGAUGUGAACUAUGCGCUGUCUACCCAUAUCAGGCAGGCGAAUCAACCGCGUGUCAUAUCCGGGCGCCGCAACCCCGACGUCUUCUAG